AUGAAAGUUACCCAAGAGAACCACGAGUGUGGAACUUUGCCUACAUGGUUGGAUGCGUCCCUUGGCCUGGAUAGGAUAGUCUGUCUAGACGAAUCAGCUGCCAAUGCUAGUCUCACAAUGUUGAGCCUUGGUGAUGACGGCAGCCUCCAAAAGGUGUCCAAUACCAGUGUGCUGGGAGGAGCAGUAUCCUCGGCGUCCUACAAUAACAAAUCCGCAUUAGCCCUUGCUCACUACGGACCCGAGCCAGCCAUAUCACUGUUUACUAUCGAUGGGGAAAACAAAUUUUCGUCUUUGCAAAACAUCACCUUCCAGGCGCCUGAGCAAAUCCAUCAAGCGGUCGUCGAUCCUACGGGGCAAUACAUGAUAUUCCCCAGUCUCGGUGCAGAUACAGUCCACGUCUAUUGCAUCGAUCCUGUCAGCCACUUGCUCACAGAGCAUGCGCCACUCAAAUCCAAGCAAGGAUACGGUCCGCGACAUGCAGUUUUCUGGACAGGUUCCAAUUCUACAAAGACGUACCUUUUUGUAGUCCAUGAGAAGAGCAACAAAAUCACUAGUUACGAAGUUUGUUAUCUGGAGCAGGGUGGCCUAGCUUUUACCGAAGUCGACGAGGUCAGCACAUACGGCAAUCAAACCGUCCCACCAGCGACGUUCGCUUCGGAGAUGACGCUCUCGCCUGAUAACAAGUUCUUGAUCGCAGCAAACCGUAACGGCACAGUUUUCAAAGCAGAGAAUUCGGACCCAACCAACAGCACUCAAGUUCCAAGUGAUUCACUUGUGACGUUCAAACCGUCAGCCGACGGGAAGCUAUCGUUUGUCCAGCUUGCAAAAUCAGGGGGAUGGUACCCUCGCCACUUCAGUAUGAACCAGAAUGGAUCGUUGAUUGCGGUCGCAAAUCAACUCAGCAAAAACGUCGACAUCUAUGCCCGUAACCUAGAAACUGGAAUCAUCGAAGACAGCAAAGCGGUGGCAAGAGCUAAUAAUCUCGGGCCCGGCGAUUUGAUGUUCGUGCAGUGGGUGGGGCAACAAUAG